AUGGAGAAUAGUGUUCUCUUGGGCGAUAGUGGCUACGCCUGCAUGCCAUUUUUGACGACCCCCUACCCAGAACCAGAAACCUAUUCACAGCGCCGAUUUAACCGUGCCCACAGAGUCACUAGGUGUCUCAUUGAAAGAACCUUUGGUGUCCUAAAACGGCGUUUUCAUGUCCUUCAUGGUGAAGUUCGUAUGUGCCCCAAAAGGGUAUGUGCCAUUGUUGUUGCCUGCUGUAUCCUACACAACAUUGCCAUUGAACAUGGUGAGCCACUGGAUGAAGAAGAGGAGGAACCCUUAGUAGAGGAGAUUAACAACUACUAUGAUGGUGUUGAUACUGGAACAGCAGUCAGAAAUCACAUUGCAGCAACAUACUUCUAA